UGAUAUGCCGCUAAUAAUUAAAAAAAUAUCGUUUUUGAUACGAAUUUCGAUAUUGGUUAUUUUGUAUCGAUGUAUCGAUAUAUCGAAUCAAAAUAUAUCGGCAAAAAAUAUCGAUAUAUCGAACAAAAAAUAUCGAUAUAUCGAUACAUCGAUAUAUUUUCAACAAGCCUAAUAAGUUUCCGUGUGGUAUUGCAGAGAUGGCGCAUGAGAGCGGCGGCGCGGACGGCUCCCCGCAGCACACGCCGUCGCCGCCGCACGCGCCGCGCCUCCCGCUCGCAGAUACCAGCUUCCAUCAACAGAUCAUGCAGAAUCAGAGCCCGAGAAAGAACCAUAUCGCGGAGAGAGCGAAACAAACAUUAGAGAAUAAUUUCCUGCUGCAAUUAAAGAAGCAGCAGCAGCUGCAGCAAGAGAUCCUGUUGCAGCACUUCCAGCAGCAAAGCCAAAAACUAGCGCAGGAACACGAGCAACAGCUGCGACACCACCUGAAGCAGAUGUGGGAGCAGCAGAAGGCGCUGGAGGAGGCGGCGCUGCGGGAGGCUCGCGAGGCGCGGGAGGCGCGCGAGCGGCACGAGCGCGAGCGGCUCGACCUGCUGCGGAAGAAGGACAAGCUCGAGCCCAGCGCCAACGCCUCCACGCAGGUCAAGCAGAAGCUGCAGGAGUUCCUAAAAAAGAAAGCAGCUGCCAAUGCUAACGGGACAGUACCUGGAUCGCCCUACAGAAAUUGGGGUAUCGUGAAGUCCAGCAGCGGUGAAUCGAUCACGUCGGCGAGUGCGGCGGCGACGCACACGCAUCCCUACCGCCUCGCCGCGCCCCUCCCCCUCGCCGCGCUCAAUGCCGCGCCCGUGCCCCCGCCCUCGCCCGCAGACUACCCGCUGCGGAAGACGGCGUCGGAGCCCAACAUGCUGAAGGUGCGGCUGAAGGCGCGCGUCAUCGAGCGACGCGCCUCGCCCCUCGCGCGCCGCCCCCUCAAGCAGCGCGUCAAGCAACGCAAUUGCGACGGUUCGGCGAUAUCGCCGCGCGGCUCGCCCCCGGGCGGCGGGGUGGGCGGGGUGGGCGGGGCGGGCGGGACCGCGACUCCCAUCCGCGAGGAGGAGGAGUGCGGGCGAGCUGCGGACCUGUUAUUCUCGUCGCCCUCCAUGCCCAACAUCUCGCUGGGCCGCCCCCACGCGCAUCCGCAUCCGCAUCCGCACACGCAUCCACAUCCGCAUCCGCACCCGCCGCCACAGGUGUCAGUGUCCCUCCCGCCCGUGUCGGAGGCCGAAGCGUUCAGUUCGGGCGGCGUGGGCGUGGGCGGGGGCAUGGGCCCAGGUGUGGGCGUGGGCGUGGGUCCAGGCGUGGGCGGGCGGCUGGGCAAGAGGCCGCUGGGCCGCACGCACUCCGCGCCCCUGCCCCUCGGGGACCCCGCGCUGCAGCCGCCCACCGCGCACCACUACCUGCGGGACCAGAUACGGAAAACGGUAUUGACGCGCGCGCACGACGCGGCGGCGGCGCAGCUGCGCGAGGAGGAGGGCGAGGUCAUCGACCUCACGGCGCGGCGGGCCGAGCGCGCCGACGAGCCGGGCCCGGGCCCGGGGCCGGGCGGGCCGGUCGCCGUACUGGGCCCGGGCCCGGCCGUAGAGGCGGCGCCGCUGGCCCGCGCGCUGUCGUCGCCGCUUGUGGCUGCGCGUGCGCCCGCCACUGGCCUCGCGUACGAUCCUAUCAUGCUCAAACACGGGUGCGGGUGCGGUGCGCACGCGCCUACGCACCCGGAACACUCUGGGCGGCUACAGUCCGUGUGGGCGCGACUCUGCGAAACCGGAUUGGCCGGACGAUGCGAGCGCACCAGGCCUAGGAAGGCGACGCUAGAGGAGCUGCAGUGCGUGCACAGCGCGGCGCACGUAGCCGCGUUAGCGGGGCGGGCCCGCGAGCGGACCGGCGGGGGAGGGGCCGGCGCGGGGGGCGGGGGCGGGGGCGGGGCCGGGAGCACGGGUGCGGCCCCCCCCGGUGUGGGCGCGGCGCUGGUGCGGCUGGCGUGUGGCGGAGUGGGUGUCGACGCGGACACGGCGUGGGCCGAGCACACGCCCGCUGCUGCGCGUGCCGCCGCCGGCGCCGUGCUAGACCUCGCGCUCAGGACCGCACGCGGCGACCUGCGCAAUGGGUUCGCUGUAGUGCGACCGCCGGGGCACCAUGCAGAGACCAACCAGGCGAUGGGCUUCUGCUUCUUCAAUUCUGUCGCCAUCGCCGCCAGAUUGCUUCACACCAGACUAGGACUGCAACGGAUACUCAUCGUCGACUGGGACGUGCACCACGGCAACGGCACGCAGCAGAUAUUCUACGAGGACCCACACGUGCUGUACAUCAGCAUCCACCGGCACGACGACGGGAACUUCUUCCCCGGCACCGGCGCCACCAGCGAGUGCGGCGCGGGCCCCGGCCUGGGCUACAACGUCAACGUGGCGUGGGGCGGCGGCACCGACCCGCCCCUCGCCGACGCGGAGUAUCUGGCCGCCUUCCGGGCCAUCGUGAUGCCCAUCGCGCAGGAGUUCAACCCGGAGGUGGUGCUGGUGUCGUGCGGGUUCGACGCGGCGGCGGGGCACCCCGCGCCGCUGGGCGGGUACCGCGUGUCGCCCGCAUGCUUCGCCGCCAUGACGCGCGACCUCAUGACCCUCGCGCAGGGCAAGGUGGUGUUAUCACUGGAGGGCGGCUACGACCUGCCCGCGGUGUGCGACUGCGCGCAGGAGUGCGUGCGGGCCCUGCUGGGGGAGCGGACCGCCCCGCCCGCCCUGCCCGAGCUGGCCCGCCCGCCCCACCGCGCCGCCCAGCGGGCGCUGCGGGCCGCCGCCGCCACGCAGGCCCAACACUGGCCCGCGGUGAAGCGGUACACGGAACUGAUAGGUCUGUCGGCGUUGGAGGCGUCGCCGGGCUGCGGGCGCCGGCUACAGAGCGAGCGGGACGCGGCCGAUACCGCCGCUGCCAUGGCUACGCUGUCCAUGACGCAUGCCCCGCUACACAGCAGGUCGUCAGAGAGCUCGCGAUCGGUGUCGGAGGAGCCCAUGGAACAGGACGAGGGCAAGUGAGCGUGAGGGCCCGCCCUGGCUGGGGCCCGCCCCGGAUCGGGCCCGCCCCGGAUCGGGCCCGCCCCGGAUGGGGCCCGCCCCUGUACGGCACAUUCCAGCGGCCCGCCCGCCGCCCGCCGCCGCGCUGUCUGUAUAUUUCGUGAGGUGUCAUUCGUCGUGGUUCACGAGGAUCUAGCGAUCGCGUAGAGUUUAUGUGUAGGUGGUAAAAUUAAGACAAAUCUUAAUUUGAAAGCUUUAAAUCGUAGAAGAGUAUAUUUAACGAUGUGUACAAAAUAUAAUAAUAUAAUAUGAAUCGGAGUCGAGUGGGGUCGGCGCAACCAAAGAUAGGCCCCGCCGCGCCGCCUCGCGACCGUUCGUGUGGAGUUUUCAUUAUUUAUUUAUAUUUAUAUUCGGUGGUGUCCUAGACGGUACGCUGUGAUCAGUGUUUUCUAUGUGAUAAAUAAAGAUGUCGCUCGAGGGCUCGACGAUUUUCUGAUUUUGUAGUUUCCCCGUCGCGGCGGAACCCGCGCUCUAUGUGAAUUUUCAAUUUUUGAUAUUGUAAUGCGAAAGCAUUUUUCGAUUUGUAUGCCGCCAAAGACGGCAUUGUCUUAUGAUAUUAAAGAGUAUAUUACGCCACUGUUGUUGCGGCCUCGGGCCAUCUGUAAACGAUUCUAAGAUUCCUCGUUAAUUAAGUGGAAAGUGCAAUAUGUGUAUGUAUGUAUAAUAUGCAGCCGAGGAGGGGAAGGGGAGGGGAGGGGAAGGGAGGGGGAGCAGACGCCGCGAGCGCGGUAACUCUAUGGUUUUGUAAUAUAAACAGUGUGUAUUUGUAUCUGAGAUGAGAAUUUUAUGAAAUGAGAUUUAUGGGAAGUAUUAAUGUUGGCUGGUUCUUUUUGUAUAAAUGAUGAAUAGUUACCGUGAGUACACAAAACAGUAAACUUGCCCAGAGUAUGGUGCGCGCGGUCGCCUCCACCGGACCGCCGCCGAUAUAUUUUUGUAUGAUGGCUGUCUGUCUGUCUGUAUACGUGUUGUAAGUGGUGACGUACGCGGGAUGCGAUCCUUGUACGAUAAACAGAGUUAAAACAAUGUUGUGUCUUUGAGAAUUUUAUUGUUGAAUUGGAAUACAGA